GGCAGGCAGACGCAGGCGCAGAUGGCCACCCGGGCGCCACGCGCCUGUAGAUGCUGCAGGGAGGCCUUGACGUGAUUUCCUGCCGUGGGCCACUAGUGUUUCCGGGUCGCGGUCAUUUUUGAGCCCUUGUCUUGGGGAUUCGUGGGCGGCUGCGUCGCUGCCCACCCCUACCCCCGCAGCUCUCCUACUCGCUUUUCGCCCUCCCUACCCCUUUUUGGGUCCUCAUCUGCCCCGGUCGCCCGGGCUCGCCUCGCAGUCGCCUGCCGCUGUCGUCGGGAGGGAAGAUGAACGGGAGGGCUGAUUUUCGAGAGCCGAAUGCAGAAGUUCCAAGACCAAUUCCCCACAUAGGGGCUGAUUACAUUCCAACAGAAGAAGAAAGAAGAGUCUUCGCAGAAUGCAAUGAUGAAAGCUUCUGGUUCAGAUCUGUGCCUUUGGCUGCAACAAGUAUGUUGAUUACUCAAGGACUAAUUAGUAAAGGAAUCCUUUCAAGUCAUCCCAAAUAUGGCUCCAUCCCUAAACUUAUAUUUGCCUGUAUCAUGGGGUACUUUGCUGGAAAGCUUUCUUAUGUGAAAACCUGCCAAGAGAAGUUCAAGAAUCUGGAAAACUCCCCUCUUGGAGAAGCUUUACGAUCAGGGCAAGCACGACGAUCUUCACCAGCUGGGCACUAUUCUCAAAAGUCAAAGUAUGACUCAAAUGUGAGUGGUCAGUCAUCUUUUGGGUCAUCCCCAGCAGCAGACAACAUAGAAAAAGAGAUGCUUCCUCGUUAUGAGCCAAUUCCAUUCAGUGCUUCUAUGAAUGAAUCUACUCCCACUGGUAUUACUGAUCAUAUUGCCCAAGGACCUGAUCCCAUCCUUGAAGAAAGUCCCAAAAGAAAAAGUAUUACAUAUGAGGAAUUAAGGAAUAAGAACAGAGAGUCAUAUGAAGUAACUUUAAGCCAAAAGGCUGAGCCCUCAGUCAGGCCUCUGCAGGACAGAGUGCCAAAAAAAGAAGGCAGAGUGGACAGUGAGAGAGACAGAGAGAAAGGUCUUCCUUUGCCGUUGGUUCACCCUCCAAUGGCCGCCGCUGCAGCCGGCGCACCGCGCUGAUCCUGGCAGGAGCCAGGAGCCAGGUGCUUUUCCUGGUCUCCCAUGGGGUGCAGGGCCCAAGCACCUGGGCCAUCCUCCACUGCACUCCCUGGCCAUAGCAGAGAGCUGGCCUGGAAGAGGGGCAACCGGGACAGAAUCCGGCGCCCCAACCGGGACUAGAACCCGGUGUGCCGGCGCCGCAAGGUGGAGGAUUAGCCUAUUGAGCCACGGCGCCGGCUCUCUUAAAUCUAAUUUAAAAUCUUUUAAUUUUCUUUCUUUGGGAACAUGUUUAAAUUACCCCCAAGUGAAUUUUCUGACACAGAAAUUUACCUUUAAAUGAAAAUGGCAUUUUGAGUGGGGGUUUGUAUUUAUUUCAGUGUAGAAUUUCUUGUUUCUUUCUUAAGGAAUUUUGGAGAAUAUGUCAUUGUUUCAGUGUUUUCUGUUUCCUGCUUUAAAAACGAAGGGAAGGAAUAGAUGCUUGUGCCUUCCUGAAAAUUGUUAGUGGUUGCUUCAUUUAGAAUCGUUUCUAAAGCAGUGAUAAAUAAUAUUGAGUUAUUGCUGAUUUAAAAAAAAUUAGCAUUGAAAGAGAUUUGUAAUCUGUAAUGCUUGUUGCUUUGUUAAUGUUUGUCAUUAAAAAACAUUUAACAUACA